GGAGUGAGGAGAGUGUCCCAGAGUAAGGAACCGAGUCUACGCAUUUUUCAGAUUCAUGACGGUUAGGGCGCAGGGCAGCUGGCCCCCGCAAGAAGAGAGCGAUACAAGUCAGCUAACGCUACUUCCCUAGCUGAACCCAUCAGCUAUCGCAAUCAAUUGAUGUCUUCAGAUGAGAUUUAAGACAUCACCGUGCAUUUAGUUGGUUUGAUUCGCCGUUGGUCGUCCAAAAAUUACAACCCGACAAAAUGACAGAUCCUGCGGUGGCCGACACUCGUCGGUUGAAUUCCAAGCCCCAGGACCUGACGGAUGCUUACGGCCCCCCCAGCAACUACCUGGAAAUAGACGUUAGUGAUCCACAAACCGUCGGAGUUGGACGGAACCGUUACACAAAUUACGAAGUUCGCAUGCGGACAAACCUUCCCAUUUUCAAACUGAAGGAAUCCUGUGUGAGAAGAAGAUACAGUGACUUUGAGUGGUUAAAGAUUGAGCUGGAAAGAGACAGUAAGAUUGUAGUACCAUCUCUGCCGGGCAAAGCCCUGAAGAGACAGUUGCCAUUCCGCGGCGAUGGGGGCCUUUUCGACGAGUCCUUCGUUGAGGAGCGGCGAUCGGGCCUGGAGCAGUUCAUCAACAGAAUUGCAGGUCAUCCCUUGGCCCAGAACGAGCGCUGUCUUCACAUGUUUCUGCAAGAUGAAGGCAUUGACCGCCACUACAUUCCUGGAAAAGUAUGAAUGAAACAAUACAGACUGCUGCACCUGCCCCAUGUACAUUUAUUUCGACAUCACGUCAUUAUAUAGCUGGUGGAAAUGUCAGAACUGAUAAGUAUCAACGGUGUUGGAAAAACUAUUGCUCCUGGACAAAACUAAGAGAUCCAAUGUAUAAAUUGUUUGAUGUUGUGUCUUUAUUCAGUCAUUCCACAUACAGUAUGUGCAUUCUUUUUGAUUCAGUGAAAAACAAAACAUGUUUCCAUAUAAAACUUUUGUCAUAGCUUCUUUCUUUCUUUUUUACAACUGAUUAUUAUGUUUUCUGAAUGUCUUUUAAAUUGAUUUGAUCAAGUUUAAAUUGAGGGUAAUUUCCUGCUUUGAUUAAUGUCUUCUUUUGCUAGCCGAGGUGUGAUUUUGAUGAUAACUUCCCAAAGUCGAGCAACAUGUAGCAUCAUGAGACAGACAGUGACCAUCGGUCCAGUCAAUAUUUAGAGUUGUAUGUUCUGAACAGGCUCUUAGACAGGAUUGUUUCAUGAUUAAUUGUUUUAACUCAGCUGUUACGUCAUCAUGCCUACACUCUGGCUGUGUGUUGUCUAAUCAGCUAUUGGGAAUGUUAAGUUGGGUAAAUAACCAUAUCUAAGCACUGUGACAAGAGGUUCAUUAUAUGAACAAUAUUUCAUUGUUUAAAGGCAUAAUCAGCAUCUGGUUUAAUGAUCUGAAAUAAGGCUUUAUUCUGCAUUUAUUUCAUUUAGGCUUUAUUCUGCACUCUUUUUUCUUUUCUUUUUUAUUGUGAGGUGUAUUAAUACAUGUUAUCAUUGCAGUUCCACCAUUGGUGACGAGGAACUUCCUUGUUAAUUCUGUCCUCCAAUUAAAUUCCCUGCUGCUUCAUGUC